GAUAUCCUCGACCGCACAAGGCAAGGAAACGCGACAGACAGUGGGACAGCAGGUGGGACAGCGACAGCAAGGUGAAGCAUGCACGGCUCGCGGCUCCGGCCGCGCCGGAGCAGCGCGACACAAGACAUUCCUGCUGGUCCAUCUACGCCCACGGAGGAUGUAAGGCUAGGCGGCAAGCUCACGGGCAGCGGUAUCCCAUCCUCGCCGAGCCCCGCAACGCUCGCCCAGAUUUCGACGGUUCUCGCGCACCAAAUCGGCAACUUUCUUCCACAGAAUGACCUACUGGCAGCUCGCCUUGUUUGCAAGCUUUGGAAGGAAUUGCUGCCGCGAGAUCGCAAGCACGUCGAGGUGUCGCUGAGCCCUAUUACCCACGACGGGCCCAGCGCGCUGGAGGCCGUCCCGGCAAUCUUCCCGCAGCUCGAGUCCCUGGGCCUCAUCGUGUGCGAGCGGCUGCAGCCCUCCGUGUUCAUGGCCGUGGCCGCGGCCAUGGCGGGCGAGAUCUGGUACGCGUCGCGCCUGCGCCAUCUGACCUUCCAGACCACAUCGCCCCCUGACUCCAAGUCGAGCGCCUGGCCCACGGCCAUGCCCUUCUGGCCCAUCUGCCUCUCGCCUCUCACGGGGCUGGAGUCGCUAUCCUUCAUCGGUCGGGCGCCGUCUGCGGAGCAGCUGAGCGUGAUUGCGGCCGAGCAGAAGCAACUGACGUCGCUGGUGGUGGCGCUGGGGCCAGCGCAGGACACCUCGGCGCCCAGCACCGACCUGGCCGCGCGCUGCGGCGUGCGCAUGUCGGCGCUGCCGGCUGUGUGCGAGCUGCAGUGCCUGGUGCGGCUGGACCUGCAGCUGGCCGACCGUGACUGGACCGACUUUGGCGCGGAGUCGCACCUGCGGGGGCUGGCCGGCCUGACGCAGCUGCGGGAGCUGAGGCUGCGCAACGGCGCGAUCCACACGGAGCUGGCGCACGAGCUGCUGCGCGGCCUGCCCGAGCUGCGGCACGUCACCCUGACGCUGGCGGAGGAGGCGCAGGACGCAGUCAGCUAUAGCCGCAAGGACCUGGCGCUGUGGCGGCGGCUGCACAGCCUGGAGCUGCGGCUGCAGGGCCGGCACCUGGAGGCGGACGUCAAGCUGCUGCAGCUGGGCCUGGCGCCGGGCAGCCUUCGCGCGCUGCACCUCAGGUCCUGCACGGUGUCGCCCUAUGCGCUAGCGACGCUGUCGUCCCUGGUGGGCCUCAACGAGCUCUCCUUUGACGCUUGGACCAUCGCGGCGCCGGCUGCGGGCGCAGGCCAGGGGCAGCAGGCGGCGGCGCUGCGCAGUGCGCUGACGGGGCUGCUGCGCGGGCCACUGGGGCGGCAGCUGCAGGUGCUGCGGGUGGACGUGGCCGGUGACGGCCGGGACAUCUACGAGGAACUGCCGAGCCUCGCGGCCAGCUGGGGGCAGCUGCGCACACUGCACCUUGUGGGCGCCGCUGCCUUCCGCCUGUCCGCCACCGGCGCCCUGGCCGGCCUGAGCGGUCUCACAUCUUUGCGUGAGCUGCGGGUGGCGGUGCAGGGCGCCGCAUGCGUCGACGGCGCCUGCCUGCGGGCGGCCUGGCUGCCGCCGCACCUCACUUCCCUAGAGCUGGCGGGCGUGCACCUGCCCUGCGGCGAGCUGCAGGCCGAGGGUGCACUCGGGGCCGCGGGCGCCUGCGCUGGUGCAGGCACCGGCGGUUCAGCGGCGGCUGAGGCGCGCGAGGCGCGCGAGGCGCAGCUCCGGCGCCGAAGCCAGGUCCGGUGGAAGGACCAAGAGGGGUCCGUGGAGGGUGGCCAAGCGGCUCAGGGCACUAGCCACCGGCGAGCGAGCGGGGCGGGGGCGGUCAAGCGCCGCAACAUGGAGCCCAGCGGCGCAGAGGAGGCUGGGCCGUCGCAGGCGGCCACUGCCGGCGGCUGCGGGUGUCUAGGCCACGCCCGGCUGGCGACCCUGGAGCGGCUCAGUCUCCAGUUCUGCCGCUUCGGCUGCUGCGAUCACAUGCAGGCUGCGCUGGGCGCGGGUGUGCUUCCCCGGCUGGCUAGCCUUGAGCUGCGUGAGGUGGUUGGGCUGACGGAGGAGCAGCUGGCCGGGCUGGCGGGGCUGACGCAGCUCAGCAGCCUGUCGGUGUGCGCCAUGAACAACUCGGGCAUCGGCAGCGUCAGCAUGGGUGUGGUGAGCAAGCUGACGGGCCUCACGCGGCUCCAGUGGCACGCCGGAGACUCACUGGACACACCCGUGGACCCGGCAGUGCUCAAGAACCUGCAGCGGCUGGCGGUGCUGCAUGUGAGCAGCGGCCAGUACUGGCGCAUGGGCCGCUGGCACGUGAACUCGGCCCUGGUGGAGUCCAACCCUCGCUGCGAGCUGGCCGCCAGCUGAUCACCGACCUGCUGCUUCUCCGUACUGGCAGGAAGCGUGUGUGUGUAGGCCCGGUGGGGCGAUUGGGUCAAGCAGGAGGGAGUGUUAACGGUUGUGUGGCGGGUGCAGGAAGGUUCAGCAGGGCAGGAGGUGCAAGCAGUUGCGCGCGCAGAGUGCUUGUAGGCACACAGGAGGACUGUGACCGAACAGGGUUGCAUGCCAGUACCAUACCAUACAGGGGUACCCUCGAUGUCAUGUGCAGCAGAGGUGGCGUGCGAGCAGGUGGUGCUUAGUUGGUUAGGCAUAUUGUGGGGUUCCUGUGCUGUGGCACCAUGUAGAUACAGGCGCAGCAGCGGCCGGGCACACCAUGAUUGUACGGUGAUUACAGAUAGAGGAACCGGUAUCGCAGGGUGGUGACCGCCGGGCUGCGCGGGCCCAGCAGAAUGCGAUGCAAUAAAGGAAAGGAACGUGCGUUUGGAGGUGGCCUGGAGAGACCACGGCAGUUAAGGGCCAUCUGUAACAAGGAGGUGGC